UUUUAUUUUUCUAUUUUUAAAAUAUUGUUGCAUCUUCGCUUUAGCGAUCGGUUGUUGACCUACUUUUUUUUGUAAAGGAUAUAGAAUAUUUAAUUGAAUUUUUAUUUUAUUUUCCAUUCUAGGUCAUCACUCCUAAGCAUUUACUUACUACAAUUAAAUGGCAUUUGAUUGACCACUUUUCUCCUUUAUUUUUAAAAAAAUAUUCGAUUCAAUUCAUUUAAAUUUAGAAAAAAAAAUAUUUAAUAAUUUAAAUCGAUUAAAAAAUUAUUUUUUUUUAAUUAAAAAAAUGAAUAAAAUAUUUUUAUAUUUUUUAUUAUUUUAUUUGUUAAUUAUUUUUCUCUCAAAAUUUGUUAAUUCUGGAAUGAUUAAUGUUUGUAGUGAAAUGAGAGAUUGUGCUGCUUGCACAAAUUCUUAUAUAAAUAUUUUAACUUUUCGUGAACAUUGCAGAUGGUGUUAUUCAACAAAUUCUUGUGGAGGACCACUUUCCUGUCCAAGUGGUGUAGCUGUUGCUACAAGAGAUCCAUUUAAAUGUCCAUUAAAAAUAUCUAAUGCAAAAGGACGUAGAUAUACAGACAAAUUAGGAAGAUCUUUAUAUGCACUUACUUUGGCUGCUAAACAAAAAGAUCCAACAUUUUGUUUAAAAAAUAGUAGAAGUGAUGUAAAGUAA